AUGCGAUACGACUUCUUUAGAGCUGUCACGGAGAUUCACCUGGCCAGGGAAUCUCAGAACCCUGGCAAAACUACUCCCGUGCGUGCUUGCGGUGGUCAUGAUUUCUCUGGUCUGUCGAGAUUCCGGAAAGCAGAGGAUAAUACGGCACACUGGAAGGACACGCUGGAGCAGCUCAAGGAGAAGGUGCUGCCGACAGAGGCCCAUGAUGCGGCUGGGAACAUCACCAUGUGGCAGGUGGUGGUAGGUGCCACCCAGCUGACCCACCUGGGACCUGAGGCCCAGUUCACAGCUGGAGGAUCGGCGUAUGUGCUGCAGGAGGCCCAGGUGCACCUCAUUGAUGCCGGGGUCUGUAACAGCAGCGGCUGGUACAGAGGGGCCAUCCACACCCACAACAUCUGUGCUGGCUAUCCGCAGGGUGGCAUCGACACCUGCCAGGGGGACAGCGGUGGGCCUCUUGUGUGCCAAGACAAGAGCGCUGACUACUUCUGGCUUGUUGGCCUGACCAGCUGGGGGAUGGGCUGUGCGAGAGCAAAGAAGCCCGGAGUCUACACCUCCACCCAGCACUUCUACAACUGGAUCCUGGAACAGAUGGGCCUGCACACAGCAGUAGCGACUACGGCAAGGCCGCAGCCAGCCUUCACCUCCACCCCCGUUCACAGGCCAACACCAACAGAAGCAGGAAGGUUUAUACCCUGCCCACUUCCAGUGCAGAAGCUGUGGGAUUUCCUUUCUUGGCUGCAGAAGUUGGUGCAGUUCCUAAUAGGAGAAAAAGUUUGAUCACCGGGACGGAGAGGAUCCAGGGCUGGCUGCAGCGCACCACCACCAUUUCCCGCUGGGGCAAUGCCUGCUGAUGCAAAGGCAGCCUCAGUGUCAAAGGCCUGCUCUGUCCUGCCCGCGCUCCUCUCAACGGAAGAGCUCAGCUGGCUGAGUCCCUGCAAUAAAGUGUUUCAGUUCUGUGGCUAA